AUGUCUGUCUCUGAAUUCAGACGGAAGAAGCUCCUCUACGUUUUCAACGUUUUCUUUGAUGUCAAUCAAAGCGGAACCAUUGAGAGGAAAGAUUUCGAGUUGGCGAUAGAAAAAGUGUGCAGUCUCCGCGGCUGGAAGCCUAGUGAUGCUAAACACUCCGAGACCCAUGAAGUCAUGAUCAAAAUUUGGGACGGUCUCCGAAAACGGGCCGAUUCAAACCGCGAUGGGCAAGUCUCCGUAGACGAAUGGGUGUCCAUGUGGAACGACUACGCCCAGAAUCCUUCUGCUGCUUUGAAGUGGCAGCAGCAAUAUUGCCACUUCAUGUUCCAACUUGAAGAUGCCAGCGCUGAUGGGACCAUUGACUGUGAUGAGUUCACCACUGUCUGCUCAUCAUACGGCAUCAAUCCUCAGGAAUGCAAGGCUGCGUUCGUGAAGAUGUCUAAGGGCAAGGAGAGCGUCUCCUGGGAGGAGUUCCAGGAACUUUGGAAGGAGUACUUUUCCACUGAGGACCCCAACGCCCCAGGAAACUUCAUUUUUGGCAGGACCAGCUUCUAA